AUCCCUAAGACAUGCGCAUGAAAAUUCAACCGUAUUCGAUGUCAACAAUAUUUUCAACUAUUGGCAGCAUAGUGGGUUAAACAGAUUGAUGAUGUCUAAACAUAUUUCAAUAAUCCGAUUUUUGGUCGUGAUUUGUUAUUGCCGUCGUACUGUUUUUGGAUUGAAAGCCUGCAAAUAUGAUAGUUGGACGUUACAUGAUGGUCAAUGUUAUAAGCCUAUGUAUAACCACCAAGACGGAACUACUUUCGAGAAGGCAAUUGCAAUGUGUAAAAAGGAACCACCAGGUGCGAACAUAGCUAUGCCCAAGACGAAGAACCAGCGUAGUUAUAUGGUAAAUUCCUACGCAUAUCUAGCCUCGUUUUGGAUUGGAUUGCAAGAUUCGAAUGCAGACCAAAAUUGGACUUGGUUAGAUGAUUCAAAACUAGAGGACGUCACAAAUUGGACUCCCAAUAACAACAACGACAGUGGACUAUUCCAGUUCAGCUUUCUAUAUGCUGGAUGUGGUGGUAUAACAUUCGAGGAAAAGAUUACCUGGAGAGCCAUUCCGUGUUCUAUGGAAACCGGCGUUCUUUGUCAGGUUGAUGCACUAGAUAUUAAGUGGCCAGAUGAAAAUUCUGCUUGUAAAUGUGAAGAUAAGGAAGUCCUGACUAAUAUAACCUCGACAACGAUUGAGGUCAUAGUUGAAGAACUUAAGGUUGAUAAAUCAACAUUAUCCUCCUAUCUUAGAGCAAAAACGAGUGCUCCCGAUUCCAGGGGUUCUUCUCGAUUUCUUGGAACUAUCGGAAUUGUGCUGAUUACAUUAAUUUUUGGCUUCAUUGUAGCAUUAGAUUUUACACCUCCAAGACGUUUCAGGGUUAAAUUCUUGAGAAAGGUACAUAAGAAACUGGUAUAUCGGCUUAGAAGCAGAAGAUGUCAACUUAGAGAAACAGUCCAUGUACACUUUACAUCGGAAAACUGACGUCUGUAGAUAAGCUAUUGGUCUAAUACAUUGACAUUGUAGAAGUUAGAACAAUGGAAGAUACCUUUUAUCG